GCCGCUGUGUCCCACUCAAUGAGUGUCCGGAGCUGCGACCGCCUGUGGGGCUGCGGCUCUCGUACGACCAAGCGGCGACCAUACGCCGCCUAAAAUGCGGCCAAGACAAUCGUACUAUCAAGGUGUGUUGUGGGGCAGGGGCGCAGCCUGUGCGAUUGGCAGACCCCCCUCCACCUCCCCCUCCUGUGGGUGGGGGGGACGGGGCGGGAGGGGGGCAUCCUACAGUCCUGCCUCAGUCCUGCGGCGUGACCGCGUCCAAUGACAGGAUACACGAGGGGAAGGACGCCCCUCUGGGGGGCAACCCCUGAAUGGUCGCACUGGGGUACUUGGCAGACGACAAUCAGCAGCUGAAAUUCCAGUGCGGGGCGAGCCUGGUGACGCGCCAGCACGUCGUCACCGCCGCCCACUGCCUCCACCCUGACGCUAUCGGCUUCCAGACACUGAAACAAUUGAACAUCGGCGAGUGGAACACGCAGACAGACCCCGACUGUUCCGUGUCUCCAGCGUCUGGCAAGCGCGUCUGCGCGCCACCCGUUGUCGUACGUCAGCCCGCUGCCGUUACUUGGCACCCACAGUACAACAACAACGGGAAGUACAACAACGACAUCGCCGUUAUCAGGCUAGACAAGCCUGUCACUUUUGGAGCGUUUAUACAACCAAUUUGCAUUCCGGCUGAUUUUGACCCGAAAACCCGGACUGCGUCGGAUGUCAACCCGCUGGCUUCAGCGACAGGCUGGGGGAAGACGGAGAAGCUGGACUCCUCCCCAGUGCUGCAGGAGAUCAAACUCCCCCUGGUGGACAUGCAGCGCUGCAAUGCCUCCUACGCGGGCAUCCUAAAUGAUAAACAGAUAUGCGCUGGGGGAGUGAAGGGGGAGGACUCAUGCGAGGGGGACAGCGGGGGUCCUUUAGUGACCACGAGCAAGGACGGGGACAAGCACCUCCUCAUAGGACUCACGUCCUUCGGUGGUGUCCUAUGUGGCGGACACAACAGCUACGCAGUCUACACGGCCGUCCACAAGUACCGGGACUGGAUCAUCCAGACCCUCGCGGUAUAGGACCUUGGGUGAGACCCUGGGUGUCCAAAGGGUAUUAGGAUUUACCUAAGACCUGUGGUCAGACCCUGGGUGACUGGUUUCUUUGGUUUAACGCAGGAUUAUUGUCAGAUGUCAGACCCUAGAUGUUCAGGGUAUCAAGUUUACCUUAGGAAGCUCAAAAUUUAGCAGUUUGCCAUGCCGGGAGUUGAGUGCAGGUGCUCAGGCAGCUGGUACAAUUGAAUUAUCAUCGGCAUUAGCAGCAGGUACAGUGGUUUAUCAUUGAUAUUUCAAGCUGCAAUAAUAAUUUUGCUGCAUGACAGUAUAUUAAAGGGUACCUAAAAUUAUAUAGGUUUAGGGUAUGAAUGGACGGAUUAGCGAAGCUGAAAUAGGUUAUAAUUGUGUUUCACGAAUGGAACAUGCAUAAAAGUAUACAAGAUGUUUGGAUACCCUUCACUGGUUAUUCAGAUAUAGCAGUAUAGGUCUAAUUAACAAUUUUCUGUUGGUAAAGUAUCAUAGAAAUGAUACAGUAUCAACAUAAUAACGUGGAUAAUGAAACCAAAAAGACGACAAUAUUAUUUAAUGGAUAAAAUGAGGGAAAUUUGAACCCUAUUUUCAGUCCCCCUCACACUACAAUAAAAUUACACCGUU